AUGACGUACAAUGUCAGUUGUUAGUAUACAAGGCCGAAAAGGGAAGGGUAUUGAGUUUUUAAUUGGUACAAAACAAUAAGAAUAAGUGAAGAGAUUUCUGUUUAAAAUAAAAUGGCUAAGAGCCCCCAAGAAGUAGUUUUCGAAGGAUGGCUUACUAAAUCGCCCCCAACGAAAAGAAUAUGGAGAGCUAGAUGGAGAAGAAGAUGGUUUUUACUUACACAUUCUGGAGAGCUCCCCGGUCAGUAUAUUCUCACUUACUACACAGAUAGGAAUUGUAGAAAGCUGAAAGGAGUCAUUCACCUGGACCAAUGUGAACAAGUUGAUUUAGGACUAAAAUUAGAUGAAAGAAAAUUGAAAUUCGAUCAUGUUUUUGACAUAAAAACGCCAACUCGCACAUAUUACUUAGCAGCAGACACAGACAACGAAAUGAGGUCAUGGGUGACUUAUAUUUGUAAAGUUUGCAGUUUAAAACCUACUAAUGAAGAUGAUGCAUUAAGCGUGGGUCUUGAAGGAUUCUGUCCGUCAACGCAACUACAAACUACUUGCCCUGAAGUAGAAAUAACUGAAGAAUAUUGUGACAGGGUGAAAGUAAUGGAUCAUUUUAAUCAGACACCACCUGUAACACCAAUCAGUUCUAGUCCUUAUAUUCCCAUUUCGGAAUGUAUUACAGGGAAAUCACCUGUUUUUAAUACUGAGGAUCUUAAGAAAUUGUUAAAUUACAGUAAGAAUGAUUAUUUUAAUAAAGACCAAGGUGCCUAUUAUAACGACGAAGAGUUUAUAAGUAGAGAUUAUUUAAAUUGUAAAAAUGUACAGGAAACUGUAAAAUUUUAUGAUUGUCCAAGGAAAUUAGCACCACAAUGCCCUCAGUUGUAUAUAGAUAAAGUUGAAUCUUGUAGUGAAAAACAUGGGUCUCCUUUACAAAGCCCUACUGACUCUGACAGUGUUUUUACUGAUGAAUAUUGGUGUCAUAAUACACCUUAUGAAUUGGAUACAUCAAAAUCCAAAAAGUCGGAAAGUUCGGAUGAAGAUGGAAAUUUCACUGUAACUAAAAAGUUUACUAAAGCAAAUGCACCAAACGACAACAUAUUGAGACAACCACCACCUAGACCUCCGAAACCUACGCACAUUUCCACUAGUAUCCCAUGUAGUAGUACAACGGUAAAAGAACCAGAAGUAGUACCCCAGCAAAAAGUGUUAACAGAUGAUAUGUAUGACUUUCCAAGAUCACAUCACGUAGAAACAGAAACCACCACAAUGAAAAAAAGACAUUGUUAUAAUAAUGCUGCCCCUUCGCAAUGUCCAGAGGGUAUCAUUUUUAGAUACGAUAUCUCCCCAAAGGCAGAAACUUCAACAGCAGUGUUCCAAUAUGAAAUAGAAGAUCAAGAAGAACCUCCAUCUCCUGCACACUCUCAUUCUUCAUCGGCUCCCACUUACUCCAAUUUACCCAGUCCUUCGUUAAGUGUCAACCAAACCAUGCUACCACCAACUGUAAACAGGGAAUUGAAACCCAAAAGAAAAUCGUCCGAUUCUCAUUCGGUUGCUUCCAAUCCAGAACCAUCUUCUCCUAGAAACGUCCCAUCAGUAGAUAGAAAAUUAAAACCACCGACACCUUUGCAGGAGGCUCAUAUGAGGAAACCUUUCCAUUCGGAAGAAGAGCAAAGGAAACAUCGUGCAGCACCAAGUCCAACUCCAACGCCACUUAAUAUACAUCGAUCUCACGAUAGUUUAUUAUCUCAAAACGACGAUGAACAAAUGUAUCAUUAUCUUUCGGGUAAAAUGCAAUAUUUGGAUCUAGAUCUCGAUGGUGCUAACUCGAGUUUUAGUGGUACCAGUACGGUACCGACAACUAAAUCACAAGAAGACACCGUUUACAAAAAAGUCGAUUUUAUGAAAACUGAGGCGUUUAAUCUCACGAGAAAUAUAUUAGAGAAGGAACGACAGGUAAAAAAAUAAAAGUUUUUGUAUAUACAGGGUGAUUUACAACCAUCUAUUAAUCUAUUAUUACGAAAGAAAUUAUUUUAUUGUAGAUAUUUUUUUCUAUAAGGUUUUUUUUAUACUUAAAGUGUUUUUGAUUUUAUAGUUUUGAAUGAUUGAAUUUUCUUUUAUAAGUAGAUUCGAUAGAUUUCUAUAUAUUGUACAAUUUAUGACAUAUCGCCUACAAUUUUUAAAUUUUUAUAAAUCUUUUUCUAAUUACAUUUUUUUUUUCAAUUGUAAUAGUUUUAGAAUGUUUAAAACUGAAAAAUUCUGAAUAUUUUUAUCAUUUGUUGGAAAAUAUCAUUUGAAAACAAUUUUUUUAGUAGAUUUUGUAAAUUUUUCGAAUCAUUCCGGGGUUUUUCAAAAUUUUAUACAUAAAUAUCUGACAGGAUCUCAUUCAAUAUACUAAUAUUCAAUUUUAUAUACUAAAAUUUAGUGAAAUAGCUUUUUAUAGUUAUAUGGGGGCCGUAUAGACCUAAUUACAUAUUUUUAAAUAAUAAUAAUCAAUUUGAAAAAAAAAGAAUAUACUUUUUCAAUUAGUCGUCUUAAAUUAAUUAAAAUUGUUUGAUUACGUCACUAACCAUGAAAAAAGCUAUCAUAACAUACAUUAUCAUACCUAUCAUAACAUACAUUAUCAUACUUAUCAUAACAUACAUUAUCAUACCUAUCAUAGCAUACAUUAUCAUACAUAUCAUAACAUUUUGCUGUUUUAUAAUAUGUUUUUCUUUUAUAUUGAUAUACUUACACUACAUACACUAAACUAUUCGCUAUUCACUGAAUUAUCCACUAAAACUUGACUAUUCACUAAUCUAUUUAAAUUCGACGUUUACUGAACUAUAGUUAAGUAAUUCAAAGUGGACCUUAUCACAGUGCCGCACCAUUAUCAAUUACUUAUUUAUGUUUUUCUUUUAUAUUGAUAUACUUACACUAGAUACACUAAACUACUCGCUAUUCACCGAAUUAUCCAUUAAAACUUAACUAUUCACUAAUCUAUUUAAAUCCGUAGUUUACUGAACUAUAGUUAAGUAAUUCAAAGUAGCCCUUAUCACAGUGCUACACCAUUAUCAAUUACUUAUUUAUUACUAUAAAGUCUAACCUCAUUGAGUUUAUCAUCAUGAUAAAUUGUUUGUAUUUCAUAUUUAUGUCAGUUUUAUGGACUGUCAACUUUAACCCCAUUUAGGUAUCAUCUUUAAUUAUUUAUUUUAUAUUAAUGUGACUGUACUCAACCACAUCUGCUGAUUUUAUUUAUUCAUAAUUAUAAUUGCAUGAAAUAAGAAUCAGUAUUUAAGGAAGUUUGUAUACUAAUACUGUGUUCUUGAUAGUUUGAUAUUCGUAGAGUACGCCAGUCAGAUUAUUGAAACCAAAUGUAACUUUAAUUUAUUAUUAAAUUCUCAGUUUGCUAAAUAAAUUGUUUUUUAAGAAUUGAUUUAUUUAAUUCUAUUACAACGCGUCAAAAACUCAUUUUUGGUCAGUUAACUUUAACAGAACGCUUUGUUUAUCGGUUUGUGACGUAGAUCAUUAUCAAGUAACACUUUUAACUGUUUUAUUGGAGAUUUUGAAAACUAUUUUCAUUGUUAUGUUUUUUUAAACAUAAUUUAUCAUAUUUUUUGUACAAUGAUUAUGUUAUUGUUUAUAUAGGGUAUAUCUUACCUUACCAGGAUAUUUUUCUUCUGCUAAGUAAAGAUGAGAUGCUAGUUUUUAAUUAUUUUUAUAAAAGUUCUUUAUAUUUUCAAGUCUGUCAUAUCAAAAUUAUAAGGCAAUAAUUGAAAUAUAUUAUAGUUUAAUGA